AUGUUGCGCUCGGCUCGAAGGUAUUUGCGACAGGAUGGAUCGGUGGUAAACCGCGAUUCUCUGUGUCAAUGGGCGUUGAGAAGUUUUAGACGUCGGGCUGAGGCGUGUUGUAGUUCUUCUGUUUUGGCUUGUUCCCCUCCCGUAGGAACGGCUCGUCUGCCUCCAACAUCAUUUUCAUUUGGUCAAGGAAUUCUAGCGUCGUUUCGGUUUCCCGCAGUAUUCUACGGAUCGGCUCCAGUUUUGCCGACGCAAGUCUCGUUGACAUCGGCUUCCUUUUCUACUGGUAGAUCGCCCGAAGGGAUUUUCCCUCCGCGGACUCGGCUACGCACUAUGGGCUUCUCUUCGCGACUCAGACCACUAUCUGACGCUUUGGCUUGUUACCCCGCGGCUCAACUUGUUACUUCUUUGUCAUUGUCCUGCGGGUCAGGUUAA